GGUUAAAAAGUGCAUGCAAUUAUUUUUCUUAUAGGGUAAUGAUGGAGUUGUGAACACCAACUAACUAUUUUCAUAGAACAAUAAAAUGUUAAGGGUUGGAAAGGACUUUAAGGAUCAAAUUCCAACUCCCUGCCAUGGCAGGGACACCUCUCACUAGACCAGGUUGCCCAGAGCUCCAUCCAGCCUGGCCUUGAACACUGACAGGGAUGGGGCAUCCACAAACUCCUUGGGCAACCUCUGCCAGUAUCUUACCACCCUAAAUUUGCCUCUUUCAGUUUGUAACCAUUGCUCCUUGUUCUGUAACUGUCACUCCUGAUGAAGAGUUCCUCUCUGGCUCCUCUGCAGCCCCCCUUCAGAUGCUGGAAGGUUGCUACAAAGUCUCUCCACAGUCUUCUCCACGAUGAACAGCCCCAACAUUCUCAGCCUGUCUUCACAGGUGAGGUGACCCAGUCCUUAUCAAAUUUGUGGCCUCCUCGGAACUUGGUCCAACAGCUUCGUGUCCUUCCUAUGUUGGGGGUCAUGAAAUCUGGACGCAGCACUGCAGGUGGAGUCUCACUAGAGCAGGGUAGAAGAGAAUCACCUUCAAACUUCUUUGGAUGCAGCCCAGGAUUCCCUUGGCUUUUUGGCACACCUUUUUAAAGGCAGGUGGCUGCAAAUGAGCUGGCUCAGUAGAUGGCACUCCGUCCUGUGGUUUGGCACUUUCGUCUCCAAUAAAUCACCAAAGGUCGGUAAUUAUUGGAACCUUCGCUGGAACUUCACCGUCUCGGCGUGGCAGGCGCGCAGGCAGCACAGCCUUGGCUAGCUCUGCCUGCCCGAGAGGGCCCUUCCGCCGCCGCCGUGCCGGCUCCGCGCCUCCCCGCGGCCCAUCUAGCUUCUGUUUCCUCCCGGUUUGUCUGAUUUCGUGUCGCCCGCCGUCGGUGCCCGGUGCGGGGCGGUGCUCUCGGGCGGGGCGGUGCGGGCCGGGCCGGCCGCACUUAUUGCGGGCGAGCGGCGGCGCUGGCGCGGAGCGUUACCGGCCGAGUGCGCGGCCGCCAUGGGGCGGUACUCGGGAAAGACGUGCCGCCUCAUCUUCAUGCUGGUGCUCACCGUCGGCUUCUUCGUGGCCGAGCUGGUGUCCGGGUACCUGGGCAACUCCAUAGCGCUGGUGUCCGACUCCUUCAACAUGCUCUCGGACCUCAUCUCCCUCUGCGUGGGGCUCUCCACCGGGCGCAUCGCCCGCCGCAGCCGCCGCGGUCCCCGCGCCACCUACGGCUACAGCCGCGCCGAGGCGGUGGGAGCGCUCAGCAACGCCGUCUUCCUCACCGCCCUCUGCUUCACCAUCCUCGUGGACUCCGUCCUCCGCCUCGCCCGGCCCGAGCCCAUAGACGACGCCCAGCUGGUGCUCAUCGUCGGCACCCUCGGCCUCGCCGUCAACGUCGUGGGGCUCCUCGUCUUCCAGGACUGGGGCGCCUGCUGCCGUGGGCGACGCCCGUGCCCCCCUCCGCCCGCGGCCGCCGCGCUGCGGGACGUGCCCGGUGGCAUCCCGAACGACGAGGAGGAUGAAGCAGGUGAUUCACCAAAUGACCAAAAGAGCCCUGAAGAGGGGUCUGAGAAGAAAAAAGAGAAAAAGUCUGAAGCCUUGAAUAUCAGAGGUGUUCUUUUGCAUGUUAUGGGAGAUGCACUUGGAUCUGUGGUCGUGGUAGUUACUGCUACUAUCUUCUAUGUACGGCCUCUGGGGGAUGCUCCGUGCAAUUGGCAGUGCUACAUUGAUCCGAGCCUGACAAUAGUUAUGGUGCUCAUCAUCUUGUCUUCUGCAUUCCCACUUAUAAAGGAGACCUCAACUAUUUUGUUGCAGAUGGUCCCCAAAGGUGUUGAUAUGCAACUACUGACUGACAGACUAGCUCAUGUACCAGGGGUGAGCAGCCUCCAUGAGGUGCACGUCUGGGAGCUUGCAAGUGGGAGGAACAUCGCCACUCUUCAUAUCAAGUGCCAAACCCCUUCUGAUUACCAAGGUGCUGCUUAUCAAAUUCGGAAGGUUUUCCACGAGGCAGGAGUCCAUUCUGUGACCAUCCAGCCCGAGUACGCUGACCACAAGACCUCCCAUCUACUGUGCAGCUCACCCUGCAUCUCAAAAGCCUGUGACUCUCAUCUGUGCUGCAGCCAGAGGGAGCCCCCCCGGGCUGAAACGAAUGGCUACAUGGAGAAAAGUGAAAGUUCCCUUUCUGCACAGCACAAAGACAAUAGUUCAAGGAAAAGUGACAUUGAAAUCCCAAUUGAGGACCCAGUGGCAGAGGAGAAUGUGAAAAAUUGUGAUGUGUCUGGUGACAAAUCACAGUUGGGUAGUACACGAUUUUAGGCAAUUCGCUCUGCUCUGUGUUGUUCUCUCGUGGAGCAAACAUAUCUUGGCUGGGAAGGGGGGCAUCGGUGGUUGUAGCUGAAGUUGGUGUGGCAAAAAGAUUUCUGUGCUUUAGCUGUAAACCAAAACGCACCUAAAACCCCCUUGUACCUGAAAUAAGGAUUAAGAUUUCCACCAAGGCUGUUGCAUUCAUGUGAUUUUUGUGAUGCAGCCUUACCCAGUUCCUUACCAAACUAAGGCUGAAUUCCUACUGUUAGAGUGCACGGGGUAUGUCACUCUCUGCACUGAUGUUUGCAGUUCAUGGCCAGUAGCAGUGGGAAAGAACCUCUGGCCUUUCCUGCUGGAGCGAGCUGUUUCUUGAAAGCCCCGUGGCCAGUUAAUGAUUGUACUGGGCUGAAGUACUGUAUAUUUAUAGAGGACUUCAGUAGAGAUGCUUUACUGAUCCUUAAACCCCAUUUUUGCAUGGACAGUUCAUUUCUAACAGUAACAAUUCUGGCCAGUGGAGUUUGUGAAUGAAAUGAAGAGUGUGUAAGGGGAAGCACUCAGGAAUUAUGACUUGUGUUAUUUUCUUGAUUGACUCCUGUAUUUCAGGACAGAGCAGAAGCUGGUCUUGCUUCUCUACAAGUAAUACUGGAGUCCCAGCCUAAUCACAGAUGAGUGUGCUAAGGAACAGACUGCUUGUCAUGAAAGCAAAUAAGUACUUACUAAUGUUGUCUGUACUGAUUCUAGCAAAUGGAAAUGCAGGCAGUCAUCCAAUUAACUUUUAUCUUUUCACUGUUGUGAUUCUACAACUCAGUCUUUUAAAAUUCUUGUUAGCCUUCUCCUGACAACACAAGUUCCAAGAGCCAUGGUCUUAUUUCAUCAUUAUGCAGGAUAAUUGCAUUAUCUUUAACACUGAGUCUGUCAUUAUUCAUGCUGAAUAAAUAAGCUGAUGUGUUUAUUGCGAACAGUUGAAAUUCUGCAAUUCUAUUAUGAAGGCAUAAUUUAAUAUUGCAUUAAUUAAGGAAGCACCUUUAAAGUCUUUUAUGCAGUAUUAUCACUUAGAGGGAGCUUUAAAAAAUUUAAACCAGGAAAAUUUUCCUGGUUUAGUCUCAAUCAUUUCUUGUUGGCUGGUUUUAAAGGUCUUGAUGCCUUGAACCCUACCCUCUGCCCUGGUCCUCCUCCCCCUGUCCAAACAUGUAUCUCAAAGUGUAUUUAGUGAAGCAGUUUACUACAUUUUUGCUGCUUGUUCUUUAUGAAGGUAUACAAGGGUGCUCUGAGGAAAACAAGGUGAUGAGCCCUGUCCCCAGUGCUGGAUUUCAGUUCCACAGGUUUCUGGGAGGAGAAACCCACUACUCAGUCCACACUGAGUCUAGUGCUUGAUCUCCCUGGCUAUGCAGCUCAAAUCCAGAAGAUACCAAAUACAAUUUGCUGGCAAAAAGCAGCCUUUCAAUGGUCUGUAUGGCCUGGACAGGCUACUUUAUCCAUUUAUUCACAGGGACACCUUUGUAAAAUAGUUGUCUUUGCCUCAGUGACAUCUUAACAGAAAGGGCAAAUUGAUUUCCAGCCUGGGCUGGGAAAAUACCAGGGUCUCCUUGUAGGGAUGGCUUAAAAGCAGCCAACUCCUUAUUAAUAAAGAUGAUUGCAAUAAUUCAAUGAAUAUUGAAACACACAGCAGGAUAUUUUACUGCUUGGAAUGUUGUAUUUACUGAAGCAGUGAUUUCAGUCUAAACAGAACAUUUCUAGAUUUAUAAUUACCCCUUUAAAACAGAUUUUUGGAUGAAUUAAGAUAUUUUAUACCAUUUCACUUUAAGUUUGUAUCAUAUGAAUUAACAACCUACUUCUUAAUAUAAUUAAGAGCUUGGCUCUCCAGCCUCUUUGAUUCCUUUGGCAGCAGCAGCAGGAUCUUGCUCGGCAGUUAUUGCAUGAGUUAAUGUAAAUCAGGAAAUAUUGUAAGAAUUUCUGCCUUUUAAAAGCAUGUGCAAUGAAGUAAGACAGCCCUUUCUUCUGUUCUUUUUUUUCUCCCCCUCUUUAUUUUCACAUAUGAUGAUGCUUAGAUGUAAAUGACAAAUGUAUUUAUCUUGGUUUUGAGAACUGGAAUAGAAAUCUCCCAAAAUAACAACAAAGACCUUUCUUCCCAGAUAGCCUUUAAAACAAGCACCCUUUCGUAAUUAUUUGUAUCUUGAAUCGGGUUAUUUGAUUUUUUUUUAAUAUAUAUAUAUAUAUAUAUAUACACACAUACAUAUUUUAUUAAAUGGUUGAAAGCUGGAAUGGCAGUAUUUACUCUGGGAUUAAAGAAAACUAGUAUGUGUGAUGUUGGAACAUUUGUCAAAAUGGACAGUUUUUAUUCUUCCAGUGUUAAAACUGUGGCUAUGUAUUUUUUAAUACUUUGAAAAGUGUUGUAACCUGAAAAUACAAUGAAAUAACAUUCUUAAACUUUAUUUUCUCAUGUCUGGUUGAAUGUACUGUAACUGCUGCCUGUCAAUAAAUGGGAAAAUACCAGGGAUUAUGGAAAUCUUUAUAUCUAGAAAACAGAAAGAUGUUAAAUUUGCUUCAUUACUUAAGCAAGCAAAACCAACAGUGCUAUGUUAUUUAUGAAAUAAACCUUGUUCUUUGUUUGUGUUGGGA